AUGGAGUCGUUCUUUCCGGGAGAGACCCUCAAGUACCUCUACCUCCUCAUGCAGCCAGACCAUCCCAUCAACCUCAUGGAGUAUACCCUCAACACGGAGGCCCACCCGCUUAAGAUCUUUGCGCUCGAUGACGCCGCCGCCGAUCGUAGCCAAAUCCUUGCCUAG